CACAGGGGUUCCCAUCGUGAUCGCAGUGAUUGCCACUCUCCCAGAUCAGAGCUCCUACUGCCAUGCAAGGCUCCGUGAUUGCAGUGCUGGCCGCUACGGUCCUUGUGUUUCUAACAUUACUUCAAUCAACGCUGGCCAUUGAGUGCUACGUGUGCAACUCCUUAAAAGAUCCUGAAUGCGACGGAGCACCGAAUAAAGACAUGCUGAAGAACUGCAGCGAGGCUCGCAUGGGUUCCAUGUACAGUGCCUGCAGAAAGAUUGACGUCUACGUCGACUUUAAAGUUCACGAACUUCCCCCACUAAAGCGAGUGAUCCGUCAGUGCGCCAUGGAGGCGGAACCCGAUCGACCUUGCUACUACAAGGCUGGCUUCGGCGGCCGGGUCAACGUCUGUCAUUGCUUCGAUCCCAAAUGCAACAGCGCUCAGAUCCACACCAUCUCACUAGGAGCCCUGGCCACAGCCACCGUUUUUGUCCUGUUCAGGCUGUUCAGUCAGUGACGUUCGAAAGCCCACCAUCCUUCCCCGUGCCUUACCUGUCCUGGACGAGACAAUAGUGGACUGCUGGUGGUUCCCAUCUACUCUUUUUCAUAAGUGCUAGUCCCAUCAUUGUCCAUUAAUCUGCUCGACCUACAUUUCGAGACUAAUUAGUGCUUGUGGCAGCUUUUGGGCCACCGUCACAGUGUUGUUUGUACCAGGUCGGGACCCAGUGUAGGGAUGUAUAGAUACAGUUGUGAGUGUAAUGGAGCGUUAUAUGUUGUCAAAGUGUUGUCGUUGUAGCUUUCGCUGCCAGUUGAACGGUACGCCAUGGCUUUAAAGGAACCUGACGUCUCCUCCGUGAGAGAGUCUUUUUAGAUUUCUUGUACAACUGACGCCCAGAUGCCCUUUUACGGAAGGUGUACCCCUUUUGUUGGGAAGCCUUUCUGUUCUAACCGUCAUCUGACAGCAUUUGUUGAGCAUUUGACACAACCGCGUGUCAAAAAGCUUUUGUUGGAAAGCCGACAACGUUACCUGUACCUAAGGUGGUUCCUUUCAUUCCAGUAAGAGGAGGAGAAAGAAAUAUGUUUAUUUACAGACAAUACGAAACCUCUUCUUGCUACGAAGAAGACUGCAUUUCGUCUGUCGAAACAUAUCAGUGCGGUUCGCUUACCGACGUCCGGUGUCAACCUCGCAUUUUGAGAACCUCUCGUUCAAAACCAAGUUGCCCACUGUUUCGUACCACGUAGGUUAUACAGCAUUAAACUGCAAUUUACGCGGGUCCUGUAUUAUAUAUAUAUAACUUUCUAGUACUAUACGAUGUUGUUCAUAUUUCUACCUUACCCUCUUGGGAUGUUUUUGACUGUCACUUUUGAAAACUUUCGCUCGCCUUUUUCCAUAAAAGUCCCUCUUUCGAAGCACCUUAUGAGAUGAUACAGGUUGGACAAGUCUUUAUCCAAUUUCUUGAGCAGUGUUCUUCAACAGAGUGUCAACGAGUGGAUUAAUGGACAUAACUUCCUCGAGGAGCACUUCUUAUUGCAAUUCUAUGAGUAAGAAACAGAAACGUGUACCAACCGGUGGCAACCGGUGUGCACAGAGGAGUGCAACCGGUGUCUGCGUUAGAAUUAUGAAAUAAAGUCUGUCGAUUUGUUUUUC